AUGUUGAACAACAUUACGACGGGCCUGCUCUCCGCGGCGUCCCCUAUCCCGGACAUCAACAGCCUCAGUAACAAUGAUGCGACCGGCGUCGCUCUCAACCCCAACACGAUCGACGAACAUAACGUCCGCUCGUCCGUCUACAAUCGCCUGAAGGAGGUACACGCCGCUCAUCCCGACCGGCUGCACUUCGCUUUCGACACGCUAGCGACGAAGAUUAUCCUUUGUAAAGGAGAGGAUGGUGCGCAGCCAAAGGCAAUAGGCGUCGAGGUGGCGCGGAAUGCUGGGUUGCCGGUGCAGUCGGACUUUCAUCGCAAGAAGCAUCUGAAGACAGAGAAGAUCUUUGCGAAGAGGGAGGUCAUUGUGGCGGCGGGCGUGUUUCAGACUCCUCAACUGCUCUCUGGUAUUGGCGACGAGGAAGAACUCUCCAAGUUCGGCAUUGACACCAUUGUCCAUACUCCAGGCGUCGGGCAAAAUCUGCAAGAUCACGACGAAGUCAGCACCUCAUGGGUAUUCAAGAACAACUACACGCUCCUCAAUGGGUGCACCUAUGGUUCUGACCCCGCCACCGAUCCCUGCCUGGCGGACUACGUCUCAACCCACGAGAACGUCUACGGUCUUGGUAUCAUCAAUCUCCAUAUGCCUUACAAAUCAGACGAGAGUCUGGAAGACUCGGAUAUCGACAUCUACUGGGGACUCACGUACUUUCCGGGCUUCAGACGCGGUACGUGCUAUCUGACUCUGUUUCGUCGCUUGUAUCUGACGCUCGUUGGCAACAGGCGUCGGCGACCUCAUCGCUCGCACCCACAACGGCCUGUCGGCGAUUGCGCUGCGCGCACGUCCAUCCUCCCGCGGGACGGUGUCUUUGACGGGUAG